UGAAGAUGAUGAUGGAGCUCUGUCUGGUCGACAGUGCUCACUAUGAUAUUAUCUGACAUCUCCUCUGACAUUAGGCACAUUCUGCUCGCUUCACACACGAUGUGACUGCGGUCACAAAUGACCGGAAUGUUCGUAGCUAGCUAACGUUAGCCUGUUAGCUUAGCGCUCAUCCAUCCAUCGUGCUACAGCGAGAGAGAGCUCCAGCAGCAGCCGGCCAGCAGCUCCAUCUGAUCGGCUGCAGCAGCAACACGCCUCCCGGUCUUCUCGAGGAGGAGAGGAUGAUGAUGAUGAUGAUAAUGAUGAUGAGGAUGGAGAUGAUGAUGAUGAGGCCUUAAAUGUCAGACCGGUGUGUUCAUUCAUCAAAUACAGAUUUUUUUACCUUCAACCUGCAGACAUGGCGUCGCAGCUGCAGGUGUUCUCCUCUCCCUCCGUCUCCUCCAGUGCCUACUCCCGCUCAAAGAGGCUCAAAGUGGAGAACCCUGCCUGGGAGACCUCCAACCAACCGGGGGAUAAUGGUUACUACCAACAGAGCCCGACCCAGGGAGCCGCACCAUCCACCUCCGGCUCCAACUUCAACCCGGUGUACAACUCCAACCAGGGGCCCCCGCCAUCUUCUGGCUCCCGGGAACAGACGGUGGUGCGGGCGGCCGACAGCACAGGAAGCGUACGCGGACCUCCAUCCUCCUCUUCCUCCUCCUCCUCCUCCAGCCGUCGCGUAAAGGAUGCAGAGUCCUCCUCCCUCUACCACAAGCAGCACAGCCUGAAGAGGAAGAGUGAGGAGGUGGACAGCAGCGACAGUGUUCAGAUCCUGGAGGAGCUCUCGGCCCCCGUGGUGUCAAACCGAACCGGUGGUGGAGGAGGGGGGACGACCACAGCGCAGUCCAUAGCACACUCCACCUCCACCACCAAGAGCAGCACCUCCCACAGCGAGGGAGACUACCAGCUGGUGCAGCACGAGAUCCUGUGCUCCAUGACCAACAGCUACGAGGUGCUGGAGUUCCUGGGACGAGGCACUUUUGGGCAGGUGGCUAAAUGCUGGAAGCGCGGCACAAAUGAAAUAGUGGCGAUCAAGAUCUUGAAGAACCACCCGUCUUAUGCUCGACAGGGUCAAAUUGAAGUGAGCAUCCUGAGCAGACUGAGCACAGAGAACGCGGACGAGUUCAACUUUGUCCGCUCGUACGAGUGUUUCCAGCACAAGAACCACACGUGCCUUGUGUUUGAGAUGCUAGAGCAGAACCUCUACGACUUCCUGAAGCACAGCAAGUUCAGCCCGCUGUUGCUCAAGUGCAUCCGGCCCAUCCUGCAGCAGGUGGCCACGGCUCUGAUGAAGCUGAAGAGCCUGGGGCUGAUCCACGCCGACCUGAAGCCGGAGAACAUCAUGCUGGUGGACCCUCUGAGGCAGCCGUACAGAGUCAAAGUCAUCGACUUCGGCUCCGCCAGCCACGUGUCCAAAGCGGUUUGCUCCACCUACCUGCAGUCUCGAUACUACAGAGCUCCGGAGAUUAUUCUGGGCCUUCCUUUCUGUGAGGCGAUCGACAUGUGGUCCCUGGGAUGUGUCAUCGCUGAGCUGUUUUUGGGAUGGCCCCUUUAUCCGGGGGCCUCGGAGUAUGAUCAGAUUCGUUACAUCUCCCAGACGCAGGGUCUCCCUGCAGAGUAUCUGCUGAGCGCUGGAACCAAGACCAGCCGCUUCUUCAACAGAGGCCCCGACUCCAGCUACCCCCUCUGGAGACUCAAAACGCCCUCUGAGCACGAGGCGGAGAUGGGCAUUAAGUCCAAGGAGGCGAGGAAAUACAUCUUCAACUGUUUGGAUGAUAUGAUGCAGGUGAACAUGACAAACCUGGAGGGGACGGACAUCUUGGCAGAGAAGGCCGACCGGCGGGAGUUCAUAGACCUGCUGAAGAAGAUGCUGACGCUGGAUGCAGACAAGCGCAUCACGCCCAUGAAGACGCUGAACCACCCCUUCGUUACCAUGACGCACCUGCUGCACUUCCCUCACAGCUCGCACGUGAAGUCCUGCUUCCAAAACAUGGACAUAUGCAAACGCAGAUGCAGCGCUUUUGAGAACGGAAAGAACAUGUUCUCCGGCAGCAGCACCCCGAGCGCAGCCACCAACCUCACCGUCACCUUCAGCAGCCAACUGAACCAGCACAACCAGAUGUCCUCUACAGGAGGCCAGUCUCUGUCCCUCAGCAGCAACGUCCCGCUGCUCAACUACCAGCCCGGCCUUUACCAGCAGGCCACCAUCAACAUCCCCGGCCUGACGCAGCCCGGCGUCCCGCUGCAGAGCCGCCCCCCCCAGCUCUGCACCCAGAACGAACCCUUUCAGCAAACCCUCAUAGUGUGCCCCCCCACCAUCCAGGGUCUCCAAUCAUCCAGUAAGCCCUCUGGUUUUCCGGUGAGGAUGGACAGCUCCGUCCCCUUAGUUCCUCAGAACCAGUCCUCCCAAUCCCUGCACAUCCAGCCCAGCAUGCUGGCACAGCAGGGCUGGCCAGCUGGCACUCAGCAGAUCCUCAUCCCCUCCACAUGGCAGCAGAUGCCCGGCAUGGCCCUCCACAACCCGGGGCAGAACGUGGUGCCGGACUCCCCCAUGGGGGCCCCGCUCUCCGACAGCCAACAACAAGCCCCUGCCUGGAGGGGUCGUCAUGGAAGCCAGUUCGAUGGCGUCAGUCACGCUGCCUCCCAAAGCAGCAGCUCCAGACCCCAACAGGGCAAGAGGGCAAAGGCCCGACAUGCAGAGAGCAGAGCCAGGCCUGUGUCCUCGGCCUCUGUGCUCCACAACACUUCUGCUGGAGACCAGUCCCAGCCCAUCGUCAUCUCAGACACCCCCAGCCCGGCCGUCAGCAUCAUCACCAUCCACAGCGACUCGGAGGACGACGACGACGACAGGAAGUUCCCCGCUGGCUGCUCUGGAGCGAGCCAGCGCACCAACGUGAUCAGCUGUGUGACGGUGCACGACUCCCAUGACUCCGACUCCUCCAACAGCAGCCCUCUGAGCACCAAGACCCCCCCGCAGCCCGCCCAGUCUCUGGCCGUCAUCGUGCCGUCUGUGAAGAGCCAGCCGGGGGAGAGCACGGGUCAGAAAGCUGCAGCAGCUCCAGGUCCUGCAGAUCAAGCUACUAGUGGCUCUGGAAAAUCCAAGAAAGCGUCGACUCAGCAGUCGGGUCGAACAGGAGACUCCAACACUGACCGCCAUCAGCGCAACACAUCCAGCCGAUCUCAGCCUCUCAACCUCAGUCAGGUACAGCAGUCUGUGAUGUCAUCUUCCCUCGACCCAACAGGAAGCAGUAUCUCCCUGAGGCGACAGCCCACGUACCCUCCUCCCGUCUCGUCCCACACGUCCUUCCGGCUCCAUGAGAACACCCUCUUCAGCUCCACCCCCAACCUGUACGCUUACCCCGCCUCUGCCGCCCUGGCCUCCGUCUCCCAGGCUGUGGACCAGAUGCAGGGGGGCCCGUCCCGCCACGGCAGGGCCUUCUCCUCCCUGGCGCUGCUGCAGAAGAGCGGCAGCCUGGGGGUCGCCCCGGCACAGUACGGUAACAACCAAAACCACCAACAGGGGGGGCAGCCUUUUCACCACGCCAGUGCUACUUACCAGAGAAAGCUCAACCAGUUCCCCUACCUGUAAACACGCAGCACCGACCAAAUGACCGAGACUAGAGACGAGCACAAGCUCAACGCAAGCGGCUUACUUACGUUUUCUGUUACCGUACUUAAAUGUGUUCAAAUGUCGUUAAAAAUAGUCAUAGAAGGUAUUUACAUUUUAAUCGUGGUUUGUUUUGAAGUCUUUUCCAACGUUUCAGUUUUUUGCGUUGCCAGGUACAGUCUCUACAGAUUUACAGAUGUAUUGUCGUGUUGGCUCUGCCCUCCAAAUACAUUAGAUUUGACAAGUGCUGACGCUUAGCUUUAAUUUAAGGUUUUCACAACACACAUCAGAGGAAGCAAGUAGCCCUUUUUAUACAAAGUCUCUAUAUGUAAAGGGACUAAUCAUACAGCUGCAUAUUCUACUACUCCUGAUGGUUUGCUAUCAUGUUAUGGCCCCUUUUUUUAUUUGAGGGAUUAGUGUUGAGGAGAAACAGGAACUUGACUACUUGCUGUGUCGUGCUGUUAAUAUUAUUAUUUGUAAUCUAUAUUAUGAUCUUCAGAAACGUGAAGUUGCUUUUCCACAAACACAAUCGCCUUAUCUAGUUCAAUCCGUCCAAUGUCAGCACAUCGUGAUCCGUUAGGAGUAUUAACGUUUUAUUUAUGUGUGUGUGUGUGUGUGUGUGUGUGUGUGUGUGUGUGUGUUUCCAGAGAAAAGGAGGAAGUGAGCUGUGUUAUUGUCUAAUUAUGUUCUUAAAAUGUUACUCAUGUUAAUUAUGUUUCCGUGCUGGCUCUAUACUUGAUUAUAGUUAUAUGUUUAGUAUAUAAGAUAUACAUUGGGCAUAGAGUACGGUUUGGUAUUGCAGUAAGAGGGGAUUUUCGAGCUUUUUUUUUACAGUUUUACAUUUAUUUUUAAGGUUGCAUGGGUCGGACAUGGAGUAGCAUUCAGGAUUGGUGCGUUAAAAACUGCAGCUGCAUUGAUUUUCAUCGUCGCUUGCAGAUAAAUAUGAAUGUUAUAUUUAAUUUGUAGGACAAACACAUUAAGGAUAUUGGGAAAGUGUUAAACCUGUGUCUUGUGAAGUGACGUCUGUGAUAUUUAAUUGUGUGCUUCAAAAUCUGAUUGGGCAUCACACUAUCACAUCAGAGCUAAUGCGUUCAAAACUGUGGAAAAAAAAGAGGAUUUAUAGAAAUACAAAUUGAUGUUCAAUGUCAAACUGCUUGUAAACAACUCAUCGGUUUGGUGGAAUGGUGGCUUUUGCUGUGUUGUGAGUGCUACACUACAAAAAACUCACAAUGGACCUUAACCCGUAUAUACGCAAUAAAAGCUUCUCAAAACAGAA